GCCCGGGACCGCAGACGGCACCCGGCGGCGGCGCAAGCGGCUGCACCCUGGCUGGCUCCGAGCCGUGGUAGCUUCGACUUCCAGCGCAGACGCGGCUGGACUGGGACGGGAGGCGCGGGAGGCGCCGGAGGAUGCGGCCGUGGCCCGGGGGGGCGGCAACGCGAGGCCCGGCGUCCUGCAGGUCCACAGUGGAGCAGCCAGGGCCCGGGAGGGCUUGACACCUUCCGGUGAUGGCAGAGAAGCGGCCCCUGGGCAGCCUGGGGCCCAUGAUGUAUGGCAAGUUACCUCGCCUGGAAGCCGACUCAGGGAACGGACAUGGCUUGCCCUCCUCUGCUGGCAGCUACAAGGGGGCCUACUUCUCCUGCCCUAUGGGGGCCACCUCCAAGGCAGGGCCAGAGCGGCUGGCCUCGUGGAGCCCAUAUCCACCCCUGUGCCCUACCAGCAUGGCAGGACACCCACUUCGGGGAGACAGCCUGCUGACCAACUGCCUGCUCUACCAGUCACCGGCAGAAGGCUCCGAGAAGAUGCAGGACUCAGGCCCUGGGGAGCUCCUGCCUUUCGGCCCCCAGGCUCAUGCAUACCCUGGCCCACCACUGGCAGCACCCAAACCUAUCUACCGCAGCCCCCUGUGCUACGGGCUGCCCACUUGCCUAGGCGAGGGACCAGCAAAGAAGCCUUUGGAUGUUGACUGGACCUUGGUGCCUGGGCCCUUGUUGCCUUCAGCUGAGCCUCCCUGCUCUCUGGCCCCUCUUCCUGUCAAGGGUCAGUCCCUAGAUGAUACCUUCUUGCGCGGGAUGCCAGCAGGAGGACCUGCAAAAGAUGUUUCACUAAGCUUUUCCCCAUGUCAGGCGUUCUUAGACAAAUACCGGGCAGUCCACAGUGCAGGUUUCCUGGCCCCCAAGUACACAGCUCCUUACUCUGGGGACCCCAAGCAGGCAGUGUCAGAAGGACCCUCUAGUCCCUGGGCCCAGAUGGCUCAGCCCCUGGGGUCACCCUUCCAGGAGACAGUGCCCACCCACUACCCACUGCCGCCCCCUCCGCAGGCGCUGCCCUGCCCUUCCGCCUGUCACCACCCAGAGAAGCAGGGCAACUACAGCUCUGUACUCCCACUGCAGCCCCUGGGAGCCCACAAGGGGACCAAGUACCAGGCUGGUGGGCUGGGCAGUUCCUACCUGAAGCAGCAGGCAGCACAGACCCCCUAUAUGCCUCCGUCGGGGCUGGAUACCUAUUCAUAUCCUUCUGCCCCUCUCCCGGUCCCCUCACCAGGCCUCAAGCUAGAGCCCCCUCUUGCCCCAAGGUGUCCUCUGGACUAUGCUCCCCAGAACCUGGGUUUUCCAUAUGCCCGGGAUGACCUCUCUCUCUAUGGGGCAUCCCCCGGCCUGGGAGGUGCCCCACCUCCCCCAAACAGCGUGCAGCCUGUACCACAGCCUGGAGCCUUCCAGCGGGUGUGCCAGCCUCUGCCAGCUAGGCGCCCAUCCUCCGAGCCCCUGAGGCCUGCAGAGAAUCCAGCACAAGAAGCCGAGGAGAAAAUGUGGCUGCCCAGCUGCAGGAAGGAGCAGCCUCAGCCCCAGCGUGAUGAGCACCCUGGGGGGCCCAUCAUUAUCAGGGACAGCCCUGAUCCCCGCACCUCACCAGCAGUGCACUCAUGCCCCCAGGAGCACCAGUCUCUCCCGCAGAAAGAGGGUGCCCUGCCACCCAACUCCCCGCCCAUGCCCGUCAUCGACAACGUCUUCAGCCUAGCCCCUUACCGUGACUACUUGGAUGCACAGACCCCUGAGGCCACAGCUGAGCCGACCAAGGCCACUGCUGAGCCGGCCAAGGCCACAGCCACCACUGAGAGCCAGGACAAGGGCUGUAGGGGACCACUGCCUACCCCAGAGGGGUCUGUAAGCCUGAGCUGCUCUCUGCACGAGGAGGUGGCCCUGGACUUGAGUGUGAAGAAGUCUCUGGCAGAGGCUUCCCCCGUCAAGUCUCCAGGUCCUGUGUUGCAUACCAACCCCACUGCAGCUGUGGAUGCGUCAGCCGAGGAGACCACAGUGUCAGGUUUGCCAGCCCUGAAAAGGAUGGUCACAGAAGUAUCCGGGAUACCAGUGACCACAGAGGCUGUGCCAAGGACCAGCUUCCAUAGCUCUGUGGCUUUCAUGUUCCGGAAAUUCAAGAUCCUCCGUCCAACACCCUUACCUACAUCUGUGGACCCGUCUACCCCUAGCGCAACUUCAGUCCCCCCACAGCCCACCGUGCCCACACCACCACCUGUACCUGUGGGACUGCAGCUUCUCACCCAUCCCUUGCCAGUGGCCUGCUUCAGCCUGGCCCUGCCCAGUCCUCCAGCCAUUGCUGUGGCCUCCCCUACCCCUGUCUCUGCCCCAACUCCAGCUCCAGUCCCAGUCCCAGCCCCAGCCCUUGCCCUUGCCCCUGCCCCGGCUCCAGCACCUAUCCCUGCCUUAACCCCAGCCCCAGCUCCAGCCCCUGCUCCUGCUCCUGCUCCUGUCUCUGCCAUAACCCCAGCCUCUGCCUCUGCCCCUGCUCCUGCCCCUGCCCCGGUUUCUACAGCAGACUGUACUGAGCAGCACUUUACAGGGCUCCACACAUCCCUGUGUGAUGCCAUCUCAGGCUCCGUGGCUCACUCCCCGCCUGAGAAGCUGCACGAGUGGCUGGAGAUGGCUGGGCCAUGGGGCCGGGCUGCAUGGCAGGAUUGCCAGGUUGUACAGGGGCUGCUGGGCAGGCUGCUGUCCCAGCUGCAGAAGUUCGUGUGCACGCAACAGUGCCCCUUCCCCCAUGUGGUGCGGGCCGGUGCCAUCUUCGUGCCCAUCCACUUGGUGAAGGAGCGGCUCUUCCCACAGCUGCCACCUUCCUCAGUAGACCAGGUGCUGCAGGAGCACCGUGUGGAGCUGCGGCCCACCACGCUGUCAGAGGAACGUGCCCUGCGGGAGCACGCUCUGCGCGGCUGCGCUUCCCGCAUGCUGAAGCUGCUGGCCCUGCGCCAGCUGCCCGACCUCUACCCUGACCUGCUGGGCCUGCAGUGGCGUGACUACAUCCGCCGCCAGCUGGGUGACCUUGGUACCAAGGCUGGAACUGUGUCCUUGUCAGAGCCUGCUGUGCCCAGAGAUGAGCCAGAGGGUCCAGUGCUGGCUCAGAAGUCACCAGUCCCCAAGGUCAGGAGACCUGCAAGGAAGCCACCGGGAAGUCCUGGCCCAGAGAAGACAGAGGCACCUACUGAAGAAGCAUCACGGGGUCCCUCUCCUGCUGCUGCUACUAACACCAGCCCUCCGGGCCCUACCCUCAGGGCCCGCUUCCGCACCCUGCUGGAAACCGCCUGGCUCAAUGGCCUGGCACUGCCCACGUGGGGCCACAAGGCUUCAGGCCCUGAUCAGCCCCCACCCUGCCCACAGCUGCUGGGUAGCCAGAGCCAAACCCUGUAGCACUGGUUGCAAGUGCUGUUGGGACAACCACCUGGCCUAUGUACCCACCUGUCCCGUGAGUGUCCUCAGCCCUCACUGGGCUACCAGCUGGGCCGUGAGCCCCAAGCUCCCGAGCCUGAAGGUCUUUCCUGGAAAGGACUUGCUCCUCUCCCCUGGCUGCUGCCUCCCUCACUGGUGACUUGGGCCAAAACCCCACCUCUCUCCAGUCCUCAUUUCUUGUUUGUAAAAUAGGACAUUGCAGCCUACCUCGCAGGGUUGUGGGGUGAUACGACACCCAUGUGAUGGGAGCUCUGUCUGGCCUGGAACAGGCCCUCCUUGACCUCUGCCAGGGCCUGGAGUAGGAGGCAAAGGCGGCAGCACCUCUCUGUGUCAAGUGGCACCUUAUACAGAUGGCUGAUGCUUUUCUAUAGUGCUACAGGAGUGACACAGCCCAGCCUGGUGCCACUGUCUCUGGGCCCUGCCACCCCUGCUCUGGGAAGGCCCUAGGCCAACUUCCAGUUAAUGCUGACUUCCUGAGCUUCGUCUCCUACCCCAGGCCUUGUCCCAGGAAUGUUGUGUUUUCAUAGUCUGCCAGGCAGCUGCAGGUAACAAUGGACCAGAGCUGAGUGGCAUUUGAGUCUCUGGAGGUCUGACUGAAGGCCCUGGUUCUCCUCCAGUUAUAAUGCUGUCAGCCAGGUCUGCUGUGGCAUUGCCCUCAGGGUACUGGCCUGAGCUGCAGGCUGGCAGCAGGGCCCUUGGCCUUAAGGGUGUAAGAUGCACUCGGGAUUGGUUUAUUAAAGCGUUUGAGUGGUUUUGGAGCUGGGACCUGUGUGUUUGAGGGGCUGUGGGUCCUCAAGCCUUUACUGUUCACUGUGUCAAUCCAGUGACAGUGGUCACCACCCUCACGCCAGACUUCAGGACUAAAGAUGUGUCUGCCAGUCUGGAACUGUUCCCUCCCAUAGCCCAGCAGCAGCAGUGGCUGCCAGUGGCAUGCUCUCUGGGCUCUUCACACCUGUUUGGGUUCAUGGUAAUAGGGCUGGGACUUGGAAUGGCAGUUGCCUGGAGACUGAGUGGCUCCAGAGUCCUCUUCUGACCACAUUGCUUCCUCCUGGAUCACCUCUGUUUCAUUUAUGCCCACUGAUGAUGGCAUAAACUAAUGCCGAGAACUAAAAGCAGUUUCUACACCA